AUGAUUUUGUGGUUAGUAUUCUUCACGUUGACGAACCAAGAUGAUGGGGUGAUCGCUGAGCCGUGUCCGACUUGGGGCGACUGGCGCAACUGGACAAGUGAAUGUACGUGGCUUCCGAUGACCUCGGUCAAAACGCGGAUCGAAGUCGCAUGCGGUCGAAACAUCAGCUCAGACAGCAACUCGAUUCCUCUACCAGACGAUUUUCAGGCUCCCGAGCUCUGCGGCUACUGUUCCGCCAAGCUGCGAUGCAGAAAACGGCCUCACAAGGAAAACUGCGCCUCAAUCGAUAUUGAAAACAGCUUGUGUACCGAAUAUGGAAACAUCUGCGAACUUAACCCAACAGCAAGGGCAGGGUGCAACUGGCAAAUUUAUGGCGAAAUGCAUCGACAGUGCAUCGACACGCCUGCGAUAUCUGACAUGAAACGCGAAGAACACCGCAAGCUGAUGACCGACGUGCCGGAAAUGAGUUGCACAACGAUCGGUUCGAAGUGCAGAUGCUGUUGUCUUCCUUGGGAGCCGAACAGCCAGGGGACGGAAUGCGUCAAACCCGAGUUUAACCAGUGUAGGCCAUGGAAAGAGUGGACCGACUGGAGUCAGUGCCUUUGGUUUCCGCAAGGAUGGAUGGUUCGCAACAUCAGACAGCACUGUGCCCUUGACUACAAGGUCGACAUCCCGAACAUGUUCCACGCUCCAGAAGGACAGCAGUUCACAGAAAAAUGCGGCUUCUGUAGCUUCCGUGUUCGUUGUCGCAAGCGCAUCUCGACCUCAGGUUGCUUGUGA